GACGGGCCCGUGCGCGCCUGCGAGGAGCGGGGGAGAUGAGACGGCCGCACGGCGCAUGCGCCAGCAGAUCCAGCCCGGCCGCCGCUUUCUUCCUUGCCGCCGCCGCGAUCUGCGCCCAGUUCGCGACAGGACUAGCUGCUGAUCCGUCCAAGGAUGAUGACAAAGCUCAGUCAAAAGGUCAUACUGGACAAACAGUUCUGUUUGUGCUGAUAGGAAUUGGGGCAGCCAUUCUGUUAUCAUUCUUCCUUUUCAAGUAUUGGCAGAAGAAGAAGAGAGAGGAACAACAUGCACGGCUGCUGAAGCUAUUUGAAGAGGAUGAUGACAUUGAGAUGGAGCUUGGUCUUAGAGAUUGAAAAAAUCUUAUUUGUACAGCAAGAGUAUCUUGGCUGACAAGGUUUUCCUGGCAGAUCAUCACAUCACUUUCAUGUUAAUGUAAAGAAUUUGUUGUAUUUAAACUUAGACAGACCUGCUGAGGAAGGUCUACUGUACCUUAGUAUUAUAUGGUGAAUAUCUUGGCAUUCAUGGUCCAUGAGAAUAGAUCUUAGGAAGUGUCAAGGUUUUUGAAAUAUUCUUUCAUUACAAGAAAUUUCUGCAUAUAUACAC